AUGAACAAAGUUUUGAAAUCUCAUAAACACAACAUCUCCGAUAUAAAUGAACUUCAAGCUACAUUAAAUAGUAAAGCGGACAAGAACCAUGUUCAUUAUAUAACUUCAGACGAACAGAUUAUAACGGACUACCAUGGAUAUUUAACACGAAGUGAUGAAGCGAAGACAAAAAAUGUUAAUGAAAGAAGAUAUAAAUACAUUCGUGCUAAAGGUUAUGACAUAAGCUGUACUGUACAGUAUGAUGUAGCUAAAGCACCAGAAGCAUUUGGUUAUACCGGUGAAAUUUAUGCCUCUACUUUCAAUGUUAACGGUGUAUUAGUUGAACCAAGAUUUAUGUUAAGAGUUAAGGCAAAAAUAACGUUUGAAGAUGCUAUUAAAAGUAAAGCUGACAAAGUUGAACUCGAAGCAACGAACAAAGUUUUGAAAUCUCAUAAACACAACAUCUCCGAUAUAAAUGAACUUCAAGCUACAUUAGACAGUAAAGCUGACAAGAACCAUACACAUAAAUCCUUCACUACUGUUAGAGCAGACGACAUAAUAUUGAACUUUGACCUUGGUUCAAGUGCACCAUUAGAAAAUCCAAGUACAAGCGUAAAAGAUACUCUUAACAGUUUAGAUAAGAGUUGCAGGAACAUUGAAAGUCAUGCCAGAAACUUUGAAGCAUAUGAACUACCAGCAAUGUUAGAUAAAAAAGCAAAUAAGACUCAUACACAUACAAGUUUUACAACUGUUGCUAUAGAAAGUAUUGAAGGAACGGUUGAAGAAACUGGUGGGGAGGGCGGAGCCCCGCCGCACGCGGCUGUAUUAUAUUGUAAACCUCCUAACUUUCCACAAGGUUUAACAUCGGAUGACGACAUAACGACGAUGAGAAACAUUAGAUGUAAAGAUGUUUAUGUCAUGAAGGAUGAACAUAAUAUUAAAUUCACUGCUCAAGAUUUAUAUGACAAGAAAGCAGACAAAACAGAGCUUCAAACAUUAAAGACAGAAAUGCUUCAAACAUUAUAUCCUAUAGGCUCUAUUUAUACGUCAAUGAACUCAACAAAUCCAGCAACAGUUUUAGGUUUUGGUACAUGGCAGCAGAUUGUAGACAAAUUCUUAUACUGUGCUAACUCUUCAAAGCAAACAGGAGGUUCGAAGAAAAUUACUGAAGCAAACCUUCCACCGCACACUCAUACAGGAACUACAAACACAACAGGUAGUCAUUCACAUUCAAUAACAAAAAGAGGUUAUACAAAUCUUGCAGCAGGUUCGGAUAGACAGGGAAUGCAUAGAUAUGAUAUCACAACUGACCCCAAAGAUGUUAGCACAGGUAUUUUCUGUGGAACCGCAGGAAAUCAUGCCCAUACUUUCACAACAAAUCCAACAGGCUCGGGUGCAGAUUACAUGCCACCAUUUGUGACUGUAUUUGCAUGGUACC